AUGAUAAAGUUGGUGUUUAUCGCUGCGCUCGUGCAGUGCACAAUUUCUCAACAAUAUCAACAGAAAGUGGCUCCCGGAGUACCACCACAGAAUUAUCAGAAUUACCAACCUCCACCACCACCACCGCAACCUGGGCAACCACCACAGCAACAACAGUACCAGCAACAACAGCAAUACCAACAACAGCAACAAUACCAACAGCCGCAGCAACCACAGCAGCAGCAUUACCAACAACAAGUGCCAGUGCAGCAGAUUCCGGUGCAAAACUCUCCACAGGGUCAUGCUGCCCACGGGGAUCCCCAACUCCUGAAUCCAGCCAACAUAGCCCAAGAAAGAGACCACAUCCAGGAACACAUGGAUGUACCAAUUGACACGUCCAAGAUGUCGGAGCAGGAGCUUCAGUUCCAUUACUUCAAGAUGCAUGAUGCUGACAACAACGAUAAGCUUGAUGGCUGCGAAUUGAUCAAAUCACUUAUACACUGGCACGAGCAAGGUCACAAACAGCAACCUCAGCCAGGAUCUCCUCCGGUAGGAGAGAAAAUCUUUACUGAUGAGGAGUUAACGAAUUUAAUAGACCCCAUAUUAAAUAUGGAUGACCAUAACAGGGAUGGUUACAUAGAUUAUCCGGAAUUCGUUAGGGCACAACAGAAAACUCAAAGACAAGACGGAAAUCAAUAG